AUGGCUCGCAUUAUUAUCAAGCGCAAAUCACAACCUUCGGCUCCCAUUGCCCCCUCUUCAUCUUCAUCUGACCCGGCUCCUUUAUCCCCCCAGGGUGCCGGAACGUCUCCCCGAAUCAAGCUUCGUCUCUUCCGCGGUUCUAAGGAAUGUCCCAUCUGCAAGGCGACCAUCGUGAACCGCAAUGGCGGAUUGGAGCGCCAUGUCGAGAGACAUGCCAAGUUGGCCGAAAUCGAGGCCAUGAACGUUCCUCUGGAGCCCAACCGCCACGGCAUGUCCGAGGACGACAUUGCUCGUGCUGUCGACUUGUGGAAGUCGCUCCCGGCCAAGAUCCGGGCUACCGGCGGCGUGUUCCACGACGGACCCCUUGCCAACAAGGGUGAAGUCAGUGGAAUGCCCGAGGUCUUCAUGGCCACCGGUCGGCUCAAGAAGAAGUACAUGUGGAUCCGAAAGGACCAGGACGGCCGGGUUGGGCGCCGGCCCUUGAAGGCUCUGAAGAGCGGCAACUCGGGUGCCCCCUCAAAGGAGGGUUAA